AGCAGGCGGAGCCGGGUUAGACUGGUACCGAGACCGGACGUGCCCUGAAUCUGCGGGAUCGAGCACGGGCGGAUCUGAAGCGGGCGGAGGAGCUACGCCGAUCCUUUCACGUCCAUAACGACAUGAGGAGGUGAGGAGGACUGCGGACAGAGGGAGGAGGAAGGUCUGAUUCUGCAGGGACUCUCCGCCUCCUUCGUCCCCGCGCAGGGAGCGCGCCGCGCGGCUGUGGAGAGGCGUGACGCGCCCGAACCGCAUCUCCAGGAUGGCAGGUCCUCCUGAUGAACCCUCGGUGCUCUGUGCCGGGAUCAGACCGGCGGCCCUCUGAGGACAAUGGACCCUGUGAUCCCGCCGGACCCCAGCUCCAGGACCAGGCCCAGGAUGAACCCCAGAACCUCAGCGUGCAGGAGAACGCUUGGUGUGAUCCUGCUGGUGAUCCCUCUGGUUUCCAUGGUGACCUCGAGCUCACCUGCUGCAGGUGUGUUGGACUUCAACAGGACGACGGAGCCUUCACCACCUCCUUCUACACCGUCACCACCCUUCUCCCCGCCCAGACCCCAGGCGCCUAGCCUGCUUUCAGACUCUGGUUACCAUGGUAACAGUGGUGACACAGGUUCCGUUGAGGACUCAGACUCCGGUGCUCAGGGGAUCCACCUCCUCCUGAGACCCCCAGACCUCCUGUCCCCCAGCCUCCCCCCUCCCCUCCCCCCUCACACCCAGCCCACACUCACACCUCCUCCUCCAUGGGAGCAGGGCCCCUCCCUGGAGGAAGCCUGGGGCUCUGGAGACUACCUAGAGACUCUGUCCUUCAUGGUGCCUGAUGGCGAGGAGCUGGCCCUGGCCACGCCCCUGCCCAGCCACCCCUACGAUGAUGCCGGUGGGGACUGGGUCUCCUACGACACCGCCUUCCCCGCUCGUCCUACCCUCCCUCUCUCCACCCGGCUUCACCUCUCACCCUCCUCCUCCACCCCCAGCAUCCCAGUGCACACUCGCCCCACCCAUCUGGAUGUCUUCCCCACCUGGGACGAGGACUACGACCUGGAGGACAUGAUGCCUCUGGAGCCAACGGAGCUGCUGUUGCCAGACAUGAACAGUCUGGAGUACUACACCAACCUGAUGGCCCGGGAGAAGGAGAGGGACAGGGAGAGGGAGAAGGAGAAGGACAAGCAGAGGGAGAAGGAGAGGGACAAGGACCAGGUCAACCAGACCGACUCCAAACCCCCCAUUGCACCUACCACAACACAGACUCACCUUCCACCUCCAUCUCCAUCACCAAGCUCUGGUCCUCCUCCAGGACGGGAGCCCAAGCAUCCUUUGGCGGGGCCCACCCCUCCCCUCACCCUCUCACCAACCCUCUCAGGUGAGAAGGAACCACAUGCUCCAUCAACCACCCUCAGAACCACCUUCCCCCCUCCUCCUCCUGCUCCAAAACCCAAAGAUCACAUACCUGCCCCAGACAGACCACCUCCUCACCCUCCUUCCAACACCACCGGCCGGGCACCUCCCCCUCCCCCUCUGGGACCGCCCACCCGCCCCGACAGACCGGAGAGGCCUUCGGUGGUCUCAGAGAAGCCGACCAAGGCUUCACCCACCAGGACUACCACCACCACGCAGAUCACAGCCAUCAGCCUGACCAGAGCGCCCCCUGUAACCACACCGAGACUGGCCCAGACGCCCCCCACCAGACAGUACCUGUGUAACAUCACCAAGCCAGAGAUGUACUUGGUCAGAGUAGUCAGCUCCAGGGGGUCGUCGGCUGGUUUCAGUCAGGUCAGAGACCUUCUGAGGAGAGAGUUCAACCGCUCAGUGGAGCUCCAGUUCCUGAGAACUCCGUCCAGCUUUGCCUUUCGUGUCGUGUCAGGACCGUUGAUCUUUACUGCCAUAGCCAUCAUCAACGCCCUCCGCCAACCACCACGGUCCUUCGGUCCAGUUCCCACCGUGUCGCCGCUCUACACCGUACCUGACCUCAGGUAUCAGAUCCACACCAUGCUGCAGUUUGUCCCCGCCCACGUCGAUGUCCGAAUCUGUAACUUCAGCGAACGGGUGGAGAGAGGGCUGAUGAUGGCGUAUGCCGAGACACGGAGACGGUCACGUGAGGCAGGAAACGUCACCGUACAGCUGUUGAACAUCACUGUGGGCGCGUUCCGGCCGGCGGCAGAGCAGAAGGUUCCCGUCGACAUCUCGUUUGCGGUACGCGAUGGGCGGGGCUACCUGCCGGGGUCAGAGGUCAGCGAACACCUGAGGAAGCUCAGCCUGGUGGAGUUCAGCUUCUAUGUCGGAUUUCCCGCCCUGCAGAUCGCAGAACCUUUCCACUAUCCUGAGCUGAACACGUCUCACCACCUGCGCUCCACCUGGGUCCGUACAGUGCUGCUGGGAGUUCAGGAGCAGCUGGUGACAGAGAGAAGUUUUAAAGCUCGUCUGGAGAGACGGCUGGCUCUGCUGCUGGAGGAGGGACUGCAGGAGUCCAGCAGGAGGCGCUGGAGGAGGGCUACCGCUGUGGGCAACAGCAGUCUGCAGGUGGUGCGGGUGGCGAGGCUGUCGGGUGCGGAGCGCCCCCUGGAGGUCUUGUAUUUCGUGGAGGGUCCGAGCGGUGAGCGGAUCCCGGCUGAGACGACUGCUGCCACUUUGAACCGUCUGGACCUUCAGAGAGCCGCCAUCGUCCUCGGACACCGAGUCCAGAGACCUCUGGCCCAACCUGUGGAGACUCUGUCUGUCCCUCCGGCGGAGACUCAGAGCAGCAGCAUCUGGCUGAUUGUCGGCGUGGUUGUCCCGGUCCUGCUUGCCAUCUUCAUCAUAAUCAUCCUCUACUGGAAACUGUGCGGCUCGGAGAAACUGGAGUUCCAGCCGGACGCCAUCAACACCAUCCAGCAGAGACAGAAGCUCCAGGCUCCCAGUGUGAAAGGCUUCGACUUUGCGAAGCUCCACCUCGGUCAGCACAAUAAAGACGACAUCAUGGUGAUCCAGGAGCCCGGACCGCUGCCUGCCCCUGUCAAAGAGGCCACGCCCUCUGACGGCGGAGACCUCAACACGCCCAAAUCUAAAGGAUCGUCCACCAAGGCGGGCCGUUCCAGCCGUCACAGGGGAAGGCUCAGCCCGUCCGAUGGUGACUCGUUAGGUAGCGACCAAUCCAGCGGCAGAGAGUCAGCGGAGGAAAGCACGCGACCGGUAGCCACACCCAGUGAGGGGAAGCAGCACAGGAAGACGCCCAAAAAUGGGAGAAGCAGAAUGGCUCCAUCAGGCAGCGGUCCAGACGAGCUUCUCUCCUCGUCCUCCAUCUUCGACCACGUGGACCGUCUGUCUCGAGGCUCGUCUGACGGGACUCGUCGGCAGGCCAGCAAAGUGCAGCUGAUCGCCAUGCAGCCACGACCAAGUCCGCCGGCGCCACACGCCCCAACACAACCAAGCCCCACGCUCACAGAGAAGGUCAACACGGAGGUGGCGCUCAGACACAAGUCAGAGAUCGAGCAUCAUAGAAACAAACUUCGUCAGCGUGCUAAGAGGCGGGGUCAGUGUGAAUUUCCCUCCAUGGACGACAUUAUGGACGCCUUCGGCGAUGGGCCGGUGCAGAGCGAGGUGGCGCAGCGACUCUACAGCUCCGCCCAUGACCAUAUGGACUGCAUCCUGCAGGCUGACGCUCCCUCACCCCCCACUCCCACUGACUCCAGGAAGAGGGGGAGGCGCUCUCCCAGGGGUCGGCGGGCUCAGCCGGGGCCUGGAAGUCUUCCUGAUACAGACAGAGACCGGCUGCUCACUGAUCAGAGCGCCACCUACAGGAAAUACCCAGGACUCAAUAAUGUGGCUUACAUGUCGGACCCUGACCUGCCCCCAGAUCACGGCAGUCCAUCCCCUACUGACGAGGUGUUUGACCCGGCCCCAGCACCACCCCCCUACAUGCCUCCCCAGCCAUCCAUCGAGGAGGCCCGGCAACAGAUGCACUCCCUCCUGGAUGAUGCCUUCGCUCUGGUGUCGCCUUCCUCACAGGGCAGCGCCGGGGUGAGCGGGGUAAGCCCUGCCCUGCCCAGCCCCUCCCCUCAGGUCUGCCCCCCGGGCAGACAGUGGGGCUCUUACCCAGCAGCCCCCUCCCACAGCCCCUUCUCUGCAAGAUAUGCAGAGCUGGGAAUGUCUCCUACAUCUGUCCAGGGCCUGCUGCAGAGGCAGGGCCUGAGCUCAGGGGGUUACAUUUCUACUGGGGAUCAGCUGCAGGAGUCGGUUUACUCCAACAGGGGGCAGUAUGAGGACCUCCCAUCCUCCUCCAGACCUCGUCCUGUAGGGGGCAGCACAGGUGCACACCUCCACCACCUGACGCAGGUGGGUUUGUCCAGUCAGAUUCGUGCUUACCCUGGCGUAGGACGCAGCAUGUCUGGCCCCACCGGCUCAAGCUGGAACCAGCAGCACUCAGACCAGGACCUAUCUAGACCAGGAGCCAGCAGGGAGAGUGUGCUGUCAUUCCCUGAGUUUUCCUCUUCCUCUGUUUUCCAGAUGCCCAGUUCCUCAUUGCGGGACCCGUCGGCACCACCUCUCCUCCUGACCUCACCGACUCCAGAAUACCCACCAGAGGACGCCUCACCCUCUGCCCACACCUCUGCCUCACUUAUCAAGGCAAUCAGGGAGGAGCUGCGUCGUUUGGCUCAGAAACAGGCUGCAGUAACCAGCUACCCAUAGACUGGUGUGGACUGGGUUGAAUCAGGACUCAACUGGUUUCAACUGUUAUUGUUUAAAAUCACUCAGAGCCUGUUAGCACUGGAUUAAAACCCUAAAACUACAUGAUCCACAUUCUGGAAUCUCUUGAGCUAAUAUACAUCUGUGACGCUAAGCCCAAUGUAACUUUGGACCACGAUCCACAUUUCCUGUCUACUGACUGAAAGAUCUCCAGAACUUUACAGGGACCUGUCUGUCCAUCAUUCUUCAGCUCAGUGUUUCAUCGGACGGGAGUUCGACUCUUCGCUUUUCCCACUGAAGUGCUUCCUGGACUGAAUUGUCCCUCCUAGAAUUUUAGAAUGGAUCGUACUUUUCUCGGAAUUCUGGAGUGGAGGUUUAUUCCUAAUAUUAUGGAGUGGAUGGGAUGAUCCCUCCUAACUGCCUGGAAUGGAUGGUCCCCUAUGAACUUCUGAAGUGGUUGGUUCCCAGUGAACUUCAGGAACAGAUGGUCCUUUCUGAUCCUCUGCAGUGGACUGUUCUUCCUGACGUUCUAGAGUGGUAAUUCAUUCCUAAACGUCUGGAGUGGAUCACUCUUUUUUUUUAACACCUGGAUCUAACUGUUCCUCCUAAACCUCUGGAGUGGAUGGUUGCUACUGAAUUUCUUGAGCAGAUUGUCCUUCCUAGAGAUGUGGAGUCGAUGGCCCAUCCUAAGCUUCUAGUGGGGAUUAUUCCCUCUGAACUUCAACAGAUUGUCUCUCCAAGAUUUCUGAUUUGGAUAGUCCCUCCUGACCUCCUGGAGUGGAUCGGCCUUCUGCAGUCAGUCAUCCUUCCUGGAGUUCUGAAGUGGAUUGUCCCUCUGGAACUUCUGUGGUGCUAACCGUCAGCCUCAUACCAUCUCCUCAUUGACCACUUUUUGCCUUCCACACUUCCAUCAGCCAUGGGAAUCAGGUCUCUUCAUAAAGCAUAUUGAUGAAGUCUUUGCACUGUCGACAGCAGGAGGUGGCGUACAGUUCCUACAGCAAAGAGACGCAAAACAGGAAAAAAGUAUAUAUAAAUAUCUAUAAAAUUAAUAUAAUUAUAUGUAAAGAAAUAGAAAAUCCCAAUGAGCACAACAUUAAUGUAAGAGUUAUUAUUGGAGUAUUGAGAUGUUACUUAUUUUUUAUUGCUUAUAUAUGAUAGUAUAUCAUUUAUUUUGAUGAAAAAUGACCAAACUACUGUUCUGUGGUUGUAAUCCUCUUGUGUUUGAGCUUGCUGUAUUUUGAGCCGGCUUUUGUUUCUUCGUGGAGACGUCGCUUAGCAUAGCUGCUCGCUCGCGUGUUCAUGUAUCGGUGGCAGUGAAAAAAAACCUGAGCUAAUGCAUCACUUUGAUACCAAGUUUUUUCGUCGCUGAUUUGUUGCAUCCAUCGGUCUGUGGUCUGUCGAGUGACAGGCGGGUAAAGUGUUUCUGUGGACGGGACAGAGACGGGAAAACAGUCAUUACGCACAACCAGGAACUGAAGCUAAAAGCAGACAGCGCCCCUCGGAGGUUGUAAUAUUUAUUGCUCACAAGAAAAUACAUUCUUACCACGAACUAAAUGCCAUCACCUGUCACACCUUUAAAACGUCUGUCUAAGGGGUAGCAGAUACAAAAUGAGCAAAUGAGAACCCAGAAGGAUGAGCUUUUAAAAAAUGCCUCAGCAGUGCCCCCCUGAGGCUCUUAUAUUUAUUACACACCCGAAAACUAAACUGGCUAAAAGUGAAAAGAGAAUGUCUGAGUUCUUAUCAGUGCAAAAAUCUAAUGUUUGUCCAGAGGGAGGCGUCAGAGGAAAGAUUGAAAAUUUAAACAGACCCCAGGACUCUGGAUUUUCCAGGAAUCUUCCUAUUAAGUGAGUCUGCCAGUGUGGUGAAGUCCAGACGUUUUGAUUCAGCCUUUAGCUUCAUGUGCUGGUUGCACAGCUGAGUGACUGGUUCCCAUCCCUGCUGGUUGGAUGUUUUCUCUGUAGUGUUGUGAAGAAGUCGGUCGCUCGUGAAUCUGGUUCCACGGGGCACGAGAGUGUGUUCGUCUUUGCUCUCUGCUCUUCUUCAGCAUGUUCGACUAAGUUUGAGGCUACUCGUGAUGUCCCACUUAAUGUUUAGCAUGCCGCUAAAAGAUGUUAAAAACUAAGUUUCUAAAGUGAAGAAUUGUUCCACAUCAAGUUAAGAGUGAGCAAAGAAUGAUUGUCACAGUGCCAUAAAACCAUUGUUCAUCUAAACACAGAAGAGAAAAAAUUACAUCAUAUAAAAAUCACGUUUUUUUGUUUUGCAUUUCCAGGAAAGUAUUUUUGAAUCUAAAUGAAGAUGGUUACAAUAAACAGUGUGUAAAUGAAAGUGGAUAUGAUGUUGAAUAGAAAACAAUAUUUAGAAAAUAUUUUAUCUGUGAUUGCUCUGCUGAAUGGACUCAAAGAUCUGCCCGGCAACAAUGCCAACACAUCCAUCAUGGACCAGAAACCAACCGCAGAACUUUUCACCGACUGGAGACUUUCUGAUUGGACCUAGCACCUGUCAGUAAAGCUGUAAGACUCGGCCAAGCCUACAGGAUCACAUGGUGCUAAUUCAACGACUCGAGGUGUGCCUGAAACCAGACCGCACACAAAACAUGAAAAAAGGUCAGAGCCUGCAGGUGUCGUGAUUGAAAACACAUCGAACUCUGGAUUCAACCUGCUGCUCAGCAAGUUUCACAAACUUCUCCUGAAUGUUUCCUUCAGUGUUUUCUAGAGUUUCUCUGUUUUCUAGAUCUGUGAUCCUCAGUGAGAAUCCAGCAGACGACCAGUCGCACCAUGGAUGUUUGAUUCUUGACAAAACUACUGAUCCAGACCAGAAUGACUCAGAGCUGGUACUAAAAUAUACAGAUACUAACCUGUGUGCAGAAUGAAGACGUGCACCGCACACAGGUGAGAAGAACUUGGAAAAAAAAGGUACAAAAUACUAACGUGCAGGACAAGAUGCCUUAUGGGAAAACGACCCAAACAGUGACUUGUCAGCAAAAGAUCUUAAUUCAUGCAAACAGUAUAUUAAGAUUGAUACAACAAAAAAUCCUCCAGCUGACUGAGCGUUCCUCUUCAUCUCAUCUCAGCUGCCUGUUAAAACUAAAGCUACCUGUGAGUGUUUCCUCUGUACAGCAGGUAGCCGUUAGCAGGUGUGUUUUCACAUCUUUACUCAUCGAUCAUUUCAGUAGUUUUGUCAUGGAUGAACUUCCAAACAGCUGCAGCUCUGAGUCGAACCACAUUCCUGUUCUCCCUCUCAGGAUUUUGUUCCAACAGGUAGCUUCACUGAGUUCAGACCGGGUGAGUUCACACCAGCCCCAGUUCCAGGUGUGGUCCAGGUAACUCCGUGAAGCUGCUUUGUGGAAACAGAACCUGAAGGACGAGUUAUUUUAAUGUCAAAUCAGUGACCUGGGAAGACUGCCAGCAGUCUCACCUGUUCAACAGCAGUCAGGUGAGCUCUCAGCUGACCUGACCGUGUCACAUGACAGGACCUGUUCUACCCAAACUCUGUGUGAGCUGCAUCCUGUGGUGUUUCAAAUCUAAAUGAUUGUGUUAACAAACAUUAA